AUGAACGAGUCUUCCAUCCCCAUCGUGCCCAUCCUACAAGCGAUCGCAACCAUCGCGCCAGCCAUAUACACAGGCUUCACUUUCGCAUACAGUCAUGUCGUCAUGCCACCCCUCAUCACGCAUGCCCCACCAAAACUCCUAGCAAAGCAAUGGCUUCAAGCCUACCAAUUCGCACCCAUCUUUGUCGCACCUCUCAUCUUAUCCGGCGCUUCAACCAACAUUCUCCUCGCCUACCUUUGCAAUGAUCAAUCUUCUUCCGCAAGGCUCCUGUACGCUGUUGCAGGACUUGUAAAUGCUAGUAUCAUCCCGUACACAGCCCUGUACAUGGAGCCAGGAGUGAAUGGCGCGGGAAAGUGGAAGGCUCAAGAGAUAUUGCGCGAUGAGGGAGUUGUUUUGAAAGGUGUUGGGCAGGGUACAGAUAAAGAUACGGCAAGUGAGGCGGCGAAGAAGUGGGCUGAGAAAGUGGAUAUGAAGACUAUUGCUGAGACGUGGGCGAGGACGAAUGCGUGGCGUUAUGUUAUCACCGCGGUUGCUACUGUAAUCAGUGCGACGGCUACGGUUAUGCGGCGCUAG